AUGAGCAAUAAUAGUAAUCACAGUUAUGUCAAAGAAGUCGCUGAACGGGGAGUACGAGCUUAUCGUCUGUUACGUUCGUACGAUGAUGAUGCUUGUGUCAAUCUUCAUCAUGGCGACUGCGUGAUUCCGCCUCAUCCAGUGAUACGAAAUGCACUUAGAGAAGUCGCCGAUAAAAUGGAAAUAUGGAGAGAAACGAAGAGAGGUGGAAUUAGUGUUGAAUUGAAUCGAUACCGUGUUGGCAGUUUGAUGAUAAUGCCUGAACUUCGCGAGGCUAUCUUGGAUGAUUUUUCUAAAUCGAUGCCUUCCACUUUUAAUCGAACUAAUGCAGUUGUCCAUAUCGGAGGAGGAGUAACGCAGUUGGUCGCCGCUUUAUUCAAUCAUUUUCGGCAAUCAAAUGAUAUUAUACUUAUGUUUGCACCAACCUAUGGAGCGUUUCUUUGUGCUGCUUUAACUGUUUGUAGCAAUAUUCGUCUUGUUAAGCCGACGAGUAACGGUCAAAUUACUCCUGAACAUAUAGAAAAAGCGCUCGAUGAAUGUCCAGAGGCAAAAGGCAUUUUUCUUAUCAAUCCAAAUAAUCCAACAGGCCAGUAUUUUAGGAAAGAAGAACUUGAGAAAAUCGCCCACUUAAUAAUCGAACGUGAUCUUAUUGUCAUAACAGACGAGGUUGUUCAUAAGCUUGUACUUGAUACCAAUAAUAAAUUUAUAAGUAUGGCAUCAAUCGAAGUUGAUGGCAAAAGUAUGUUUGAACGCACGAUUACUUUACGUAGCGUAUCCAAAGAUCAUGGGUUGGCGGCUCUUCGGUUAGGCUAUGCGAUCGGUUCAGAAGAACUUAUGAACACUGUACGUAUUAGCUGGUUUACAUAUGCAACCAGCUUCAAUAUAGAUGAUCUUGCUCAAUAUUUGGCUUUUAUUGCAUUAUCUUAUACACCAGACGAAUACUAUAAGUUUCAACAGGAUUUACUUCGGUGUCACAGUGAUAUUGUCAUCACUUUUGUCGAAGAUAUAAAUCGGAGAGCCAGUUAUGAGGCACUGAAAGCCGAACAAGUUUCUGCAGGAAUGUUCCAAAUUAUUGAUUUAAGUGGUUUGCGAGGCAAACUAUAUAAUGAAACAAUAUUGGACGAUGAUCAUGUACUCUGUGAACUAUUAUUACAAGACGGAAAGAAUGGAGUUGGCUUUUUUCCUGCUUCUUGUGGAGGAUAUGAUCCUAGAGAUAUGAAGUUACGACUUACAUUAUCUUCGCCAGAACAAGAUAUUAGUUUAGGCAUGAAAAGACUGGAUGACUUUGUGCAGAAAGUAUUGCGUUUUAAUUAA